AUGUUUAAUCUUUGGCUCCAUAACAUUGUCUUGCAGCCAAGAGUUGAUGUCCUAAUGGAGUCUAAAGGUGGGAAAAAGAAGUCCAGUAGUAAAUCCUUAGUCUAUGAAGCUCCCUUAGGUUACAGCAUUGAGGACGUUCGACCCAAUGGCGGCAUCAAGAAGUUCAGAUCUGCUGCAUACUCCAACUGUGCCCGCAAGCCAUCCUGA